GAUGAAUCGAUCUAUUCGAAUGAAUCGAUGUUGAAGCUGCAAAAGAUGACUCGACUCACACUUUCCCCAACGAAAACGCGAAUCUUUUGCGAAGCCAAAGCGAGAAAGCAAGUUGUCGGUCACAACACGUUGUGGAGGCAAUACAUGUAGCUAGCUACAGUAGCUAGACUAUUAGCUAGGAAUCGAAUCUGUUUCGUUGGGAGCCAAAGGGCAGAGAUCGACAAUGUCAUCGGCGGCGGCAUUGAAUGUUGGCGGUAGAGCCCUGAAGCAUCGCAAUUUGCUGCUGGUUAUCAAGCAGACAGCCUUUGAGGAGUAUUCGCAGUUGAAGCUACGAGGCCAAGCUCCCAAGGCUCUGCGCUGGAAGCGCUUGGAGAAACGUUACAAGGCUCACAAGCAGUGCGUCAAUGAUCUUUUGACUCUACUCCGUCGUCACAAGGUGAAUUUCAGCUGUGUCAACCGAGUGGAACUGGAUCGACAGCACUUGGCUGAUGUCGACUUGAUGGUGGCUGUGGGUGGCGAUGGAACGGUCCUCAGCAGUGCCCACUUUUUGGAUCAUGGCACUAUUCCACUAUUGGGUAUCAAUUCCGAUCCAAACUCCCAAGAAGACAGACAAGUCGUCAAAAAGAAGACCGAUGAGCGCAGAUCCCAUGGGGCACUGUGCAUGUUGACCGCCACCAAUAUGGAAGAAAAAUUGGAAGAUGUGCUCUUUGGGGAAGGAAAAUUGCGUACCAGGACGCGCAUUCGCUGCAAAGUCAAGAGCACCUUUGCCGAGACACGCCUCGUACCGGCGUUAAACGACCUGCUCAUUGCCAAUCCAAGUCCUGCCGCCGUGUCGAGAUUACGCAUGGGAUGGUUGCAUCCCAUAGAUGGAGGCACGGAAGAAGAUAUGCAACGCAAUCCCUACGACAUUGACAAUCCACCCUCCAAAAACUACUCAAAGUUCGGAACCGUCACGCGAUUUGGUGGAAUCCCCUACAGUGUCAGUAAUUCACUCAAUAUCUGGUCCUCGGGCAUGUGGGUCUGUACUCCGAUAGGGAGCACGGCGGCCAUGGCGGCGGCGGGUGGACAAAUCAUGAUUCCGGACACUACCGAUCUCCAAUACUUGAUUCGGGAACACAUGAUCGAACCCGAUCAAACCAUGGACAAUGGUGAACCACUCCAACAUGACGUCGACAAUGGAUUGCUAGCGGAUGGACAAAAGAUGCAUUUGCGAUGGAACUCACAGAAAGGACGGAUAUUCAUUGACGGGUCGCAUCUGACACACAAUCUCGAGUUGGGCGAUGAAAUUUUGAUAGACAACCUCGCGCCGCCACUCCAAAUGUAUGUUAGUGAUGAAGUCCCCAAGCCGCUCAUGAAUGAAAACGUUCGGGCCAGGAGGCUUGAAUCGUUUGCCGAGGCAAAUGAGCUUGAUUCUUUCAGCAAAAGCCUUUGAUAAUCGCUGGCAAAGCAUUGUUUCAGUACGCGAGCAGAGUAAAUUUUUAAUUUUUAGCUGCCACUGUUUUCCCCUGGUGUCGUUA